AUGGAUUUUGUGGUUUGUCUUCCAAAGACAUUAGGUAAGUUGGAUUCGAUAUGGGUGAUUGUUGAUAGGUUAACUAAGUCUGCUCACUUUAUUCCAAUCAAGGUGACUUAUGAUGUAGAGAAAUUAGCCAAACUCUAUAUCCGCGAGAUUAUUCAAUUAUAUGGAGUACCGAUUUCUAUCAUAUCAGAUAGAGAGCCUGUAGCUAUUCUUGAUAGGAAGGUCUGCAAGUUGAGAUCAAGGGAGAUUGCGUCUGUAAAGGUUCAAUGGAAGAAUCGUCCGGUUGAGGAGUCCACUUGGGAGACUGAGGUGGAUAUGCGUAGAAGAUAUCCAUAUCUGUUCAUUGAGUUAGGUACCCUUUUCAACCCUCGCUCUUCUUUUGACCAUUCAGGGAUGAACGGUGGGUAA